AUGGAGUUUGUGCUGAGUUUGGUUUUCCUUGUUGCUAUUUUAAAAGGUGUCCAGUGUGAGGUGCAGCUGGUGGAGUCUGGGGGAGGCUUGGUAAAGCCUGGGGGGUCCCUGAGACUCUCUUGUGUAGCCUCUGGGUUCACCUUCAGUAGCUAUGUUAUGCACUGGGUCCGCCAAGCUCCAGGAAAGGGUCUGGAGUGGGUCUCAGUUAUUAGUGAAAGUGGUGGUACCACAUACUACGCAGACUCUGUGAAGGGCCGAUUCACCAUCUCCAGAGACAACGCCAAGAACUCACUGUUUCUGCAAAUGAACAGCCUGAGCCGAGGACACGGCCGUGUAUUACUGUACUAG